GGUUGUGCCAGUGGAGCUUCCAAGAUGAGGGGGCGAAAAUCCCUGACACACACUGUUACUACGGGCAGGGAAAGCAGGGGAUGAGAGGAGUCUUAACAUACUCAAAUAAAGGCCGCUUAUGGAGCCGGGGAGGUUGCGUGAGAAUCCCCCCGGUUCUGGUGAGUCCGAGGCCGGGGACUGGAGAGGAGAGACUCCCGGUGUAGAGGCAGAGGAGGAGCGGAAACACAGCGCUGUGGUCAGCAGUAAUGGCCCAGCAUCCGAGGCUGGGUGUGUCGAGACCGGUGGGAUCACAGUGCGGGACGAUGAGGAGGAUGAGGAUCAGUACAAAGACGAAGAACUGGACCCCAGAAUACAGGAGGAACUGGAGCAUCUCAACCAGGCGAGCGAGGAAAUAAACAGACUGGAGCUUCAACUGGAUGAGGCCCGGUCGAGCUACAGGAAAAUCCUGACCGAGUCGGCACGCAAACUUAACGCUCAGGGCUCCCAGCUCGGUGCGUGCAUAGAAAAAGCCCGGCCGUACUACGAAGCCCGUAGACUAGCGAAAGAGGCCCAACAGGAGACGCAGAAGGCAGCACUGCGCUACGAGCGGGCCGUCUCCAUGCACACGGCCGCGAGGGAAAUGGUGUACGUGGCUGAGCAGGGUCUCCUGGCUGACAGGAACACGCUGGAUCCGACCUGGCAGGAGAUGCUCAAUCACGCAACAUCCAAGGUGAACGAGGCCGAGGAGGAGCGUCUGCGGAGCGAACGGGAACACCAGCGGGUCACGCAGCUGUGUCAGGAGGCCGAGGCGCGAGUACAGACUCUACAGAAAGCUCUCAAGAGGGUCAUCAUCAAGUCUAAACCAUACUUUGAACUCAAGGCCCAGUUUAACCACAUCCUGGAGGAGCACAAGGCCAAGGUGGUCCUGCUGGAGGAGCGGGUGGCGAAGGUGAAGACGCGCUACUCCGUCGCGCUCCGCAACCUCGAACAGAUCAGCGAGCAGAUCCACGCCCAGAGGGGGCGUGCUCGAGAAGCCAGGCAACGAAACCGAGCCCGCGGUGGGCGGAGCUCUCCGGUAGGGGCGGAGGCCGAGGGCAUCAUACAGGCAGGGGCUUAUGGGGGAGUAGGGGUGAGUCUGAUGGAUAACGAUUGGGCAGAUCAGGAGAAAACAAGGCAGUGGGUGGAGAAGCACAGGGAGGAAGGGUGGGGCCAAAAGGCUGAGAGGGCAGGGUCAGACUCGCUGUCCGUCAUCAGCCUGCAGACCAUCGCCUCGGACCUGGAGAAGUGCGACUCGGUGGAGCACCUGGGCGACUUGAGCGACGUCAGUAGUGUGAUCGGAGAGGAGAGGGAGGGGGAGCGGGAGAAAGAGGGCGCGAGUGUGUUUAAGCAGGGAAAAGAGAACGAAACAGGGGCCUCAGGGACCGAACGACCUCAGAGGGACCGAGAAAACUUCGUGAAGCAACACCACAGAAGUGGUCAACGAGCACCACUCCUAGCGGUGACAGAAGCAAGACAGAAAAUUGCACUUAAGUGGCUUAUCUGAAAUCAGCCAGAGUCCCCUCUGAAACUACCGGAACGGCAAGGGCAGUUCAUUUGUUUUUGCAGUAGACUGAAGACAUUUGGGUUUGAGGUCAAAAGGUGAGUAUGAGAAGAGAGUUUAGAAUGUCAGAUUUCAUUUCCUGGUAGGUAUAUGUGGACGUGUUAACUGAAUUGGAACACGUGAUUGACUGGUGUUUCUUGUUACCCAGGUGUGUCCUGUUAGAUUGAUUGUUUAAAGGAUAAACAGCUCUAAACAUCUACUCUUGGUCUUAGUCUUCCGUUUGACCUGUGAAGACUGCAUUUGUUGUUCAAAAGGAUAAACCAACAUGAAGAUCAGAGAGCUGUCUAUGGGAGGAAAGCGAGCCAUUUUGAAGCUGAGAAAAGAAGGGAAAAAUCAAUCUGAGGCAUUGCAGUAACACUGGGUAAAGCCAAUGCAACAAUUUGGAAUGUCUUGAAAAAGAAAGAAACCACUGGUGUACUGAGGAACAGACACCGAAUAGGUCGGCUGAUGACGGAAACAUUGUGAGAGCUGUGAAGAAAACCCCAAAAACAACAGUCAGUGACAUCAGCAACCUCCACAGGGCAGGGGUGAAGGGCUCACAAUACAGAAAUAUAGAGGCCAUACCGCAAGAUGCAAAUCACACAUCAGCAGUAAGAAUCAGAAAGCCAGCUUGGAAUUCACAAUGAAACACAGAGAUGAGCCACAAAAGUUCUGGAACCAUGAUUAACCUCUACCAAAGUGUGGAGAAAGAAAGGAUCUGCUCGUGAUCCAACACAUACGAGUUCACGUGUGAAACAUGGUGGAGGUAGUGUCAUGGCUUGGGCUUGCAUGGCUGCUUCUGGAACAUUCUCACUAAUCUUUAUUGAUGAUGGAACUCAUGAUGGGAGCAGCAGAACGAAUUCAGAAGUUUACAGGAACAUUUUGUCUGAUAAUUUACAGAGAAAUGCAUCCAAAUGAAUCAGGAGGAACUUCAUCACGCAGCAAGACAACGAUCCAAAAAACACCCUGACAACUCAACAAAGGACUUCCUCACCAGGACUUAACCCAGUGGAGCAACAUUUCACCUCCUGAAUGGAGAAACCCCCCCCCCCGAAACACACAACAACUGAAAGAAGCUGCGGUAAAAGCCUGGAAAAGCAUCACAAAAGAAGAACCCAACAGUUUGCUGAUGUCACUGAGUCGCAGGUUUGACACAGUUAUUGAAAGCAAGGGUUAUGCAACCAAAUUUUAACUGUCAUUUACUUUCAUUUGUCUGUUCCUAUACGUUUGCUUGCCUAAAAAUUGGCCGGUCUGAUACAAAAGGUUCUGUUUUAUGUUGUUUAACACAUCUAGAUGUAAAUACCAGGAAAUAAAAGCUGAAAUCCUAAACUCUGGUCUCAUAUUCGUCUUUUGAUCUCUUUGGUUUCCAGCACAAGGAAGCACGGGAAGGGACUGUAUAUUGUAUCGUAUUGUAUUACAUAAUAUCAUAUUGUAUUAGAUGGGUUAAUGUACUGGAGCUCUGUAUCAUAAUCUAUCGUAUUGUUUCGUCACGUAUUGUGUUGUUUUGUAAUGUCAUAUUGUAUUGUGUUGUAACUGUAUCGUACUUUAUCAUAUGGUAUCCUAGUGUAUUGUAAUCGUAUUGUAUUGUAUU